CACCUCGACACACCCCUGAAAACCAAGAUGGCUUUCAUUCCUGGGGUACAAAACUACCAUCACACAGAUUCUGAGAUAUCUGAUAGUGAAGGAGAAGGAUCACCACCAAACAACACUGUACCGGCACCUGGAGUAGUGUCCAGUGGACUCGGUAUACCAUCUCGUCAGUAUAUGAAACCACCAUCGCCUGUCACUUUCAUUCCCCCAAGAAUCUCCUCUGCUCCAAGUACAUGUAUUGGCUUAGUUGGAUAUGGAGAUGAAGAUGAAGAAAUGGAAAUAAUAAAUGACAGUGAAUUGCAUGAUAAUAAUGCUAAUUUACCACAGUCGAUUCCAGAAUCACUCAUUUCUUUAGUGAAAGCUGCUGAUGAUCAUCAGUUGAGUGAAGAAGAUGAAGCUAGUUCUCCAGAUGUUGUUAAUGGAGAUCAUCUUUUUUUCUGUUUAACUGAUGUCAAAUUGCCCCCAGAACAGGCAGAAGGAGUGUGCUCUCAAGCACUACAAGAAAAAAUUUUUCACCUGAUGGAAACAAAGCGCCAACUAGGAUUUUCAUCAUAUGAUGUAAUAGUUAAAGGAAAGAGCUUCAGAAAUCCAAGUAUUUAUGAAAAACUAAUACAGAUGUGUGACAUUGAAGAAUUUGGAUCUAAUUACAGUAAAAAAAGUUUUGAUCCAAAAGAAUUUCAAAAAGAAGAGUUUUAUGAAAAACUAGUUGAAGUUCAGAGAAAGGCUCAUGAAAGCAAGCAAAAGUCUCGAGGAAAUAUUGAGUUCAAAAGUGGAACAAAAAUUCUGGCUCCAACUAAACCAGUGGAUUCAGGUGGUGGUUUGUUACCACUGCCAUCUACAAUUAUACCCACUGCACAAGAUUCACAAAAGAAACGCAAGAGUAAAUGGGACAAUCCUUCAAGUUCAAUGAAUGUAUCAAGUCCUACAAGUACAGAUCCUGUUGUUGGAGCGCAAGCUCUAGCUAAUGCCAGACUUAUAGAUAAGAAUUUGAUAAAAUUGUUCAAACAAUAAUAUAAUAUUAUGCACAUUAUAAAAACUUUUUAGAGUUAAUAUUAUGUAUGCAUGUUAAGUUUUGAAACUAAUCGAAGUUUAAUGGAACUGC